UGGUGCUGCUGGAUCCCUUCCGCGAUUGGGUGGCAGAAAGGAGUCAGGUGAUCCAGCCUUGCAGGGCAGCGAGUAGCAGGCGCCGCGCGGGGCACCAUGAGGUUUCGGUUCUGCGGCGAUUUAGACUGCCCUGAUUGGGUCUUGGCAGAAAUCAGCACAUUGGCUAAAAUAUCCUCAGUGAAGCUGAAGUUGAUCUGUGCCCAGGUACUGAAGGAUCUGCUUGGGGACGGGAUUGACUAUGAAAAGGUUCUAAAGCUAACGUCAGAUGCCAAGCUUGAGUCUGGGGAUGUGAAGGCUACCAUUGCUGUUCUGGGCUUCAUCCUCUCCAGCGCUGCCAAACACAACGUUGACGGCGAGUCCCUCUCCAGCGAGCUCCAGCAGUUGGGGCUGCCUAAAGAACAUGCCACAGGGCUGUGCCGGUCCUAUGAGGAGAAGCAAAGCCCCCUGCAGGACAGCCUUAGAGGGUGCAGCCUGAGGUUGAACCGCCUGGAUUCUGUCUCCUGGAGAGUGGAUUACACCCUUAGCUCCAGCGAAAUCCAGCGGGUCAACGAGCCCGUCGUGCACCUCAAGCUGAACGUGAAAGAUGUUGACCGUGGGGUACAGGAGCCUGUUGCCAUGAUGCUGUCAGCAGAGAAGUUCCGCGUCUUGCUUGCAGAACUGAAGCAGGCUGAAGCAGUCAUGAAAACGCUCGACUGAGGAGCUUUCAGGAUGGAUGGUGCUGUGGCUGGAAUGAGCUUUUGCCGCAAGCUGAAAAAUCUUAAUUGGAUGGUUGCUUCAGAAAGAGGGAGACCUUGCGUCCAGCAAGUUUUCCCCCAGUGACUGCAGUAACAGCAAGAGGCUGUUAUCAGAAUCCAUCCCUCUCUUCCGACUCAUUGUGUUCAAAGCCUAAGGCUGUUCUCGUCGUUUGGUUGUCUGGCCAGGGUGGGUAAUACUUCUGAAUGCAAAUGACGGGUGUCCAUGUUUGUUUAAACAUUUGAUUUCACUGAAAGCUCUUCGCAGUCAGAACGUUAGUGCAGCGGGGAGUGGACUGAAAUAGGACCUCUGCCCCUGAUGUCCUGGACUUCGUUGUCCCCCGCCAGGAGAGGGUUUAAGAAAUGGCACCACCGCCCCACUUUGAGUCAUGCCCUGCCAACUCAGAGCCACAGCAGCUUAGAGAACCCCAAGAGUUUCUUGGCCCUUGUGAUGGUAUCUGUGUCUAGCGCCGCAAGACCACUGUGGGAAUCAAAAUCGCCUCGCCUCAUUCUCUCAGGAGAAGGCACAUCAAUCUCAUCCUACCCUGUUCUUUUGUUGCAAAUGUUGGAAGCCCCAACAGACUUCCAUUCAUGACUUUUUUGCUCCUGUUUCCUUAGAGCCUUCUUCCCCUAUUGCAGGGACAUUGGCCUGUAACCCUCCAGAUGUUGCUGGACUACAAGUCCCAUCAUCAUUGGCAGUGCUGGCUGGGACUGAUGGGAGUUGGAGUCUGGCAACACCAGGAGGGCUAUAGGCCCUUCUUCUCCAAGUAGAAGAAACCUGGUCUGUUCCUUCUGUUUUCCAGCAAUCCAUCUGUGUGUGGAUUGUGGAAGGAAGGACAGCAUAGCCUGUCCUCUCUCUUGCCAGAUUCUUGAUUUUGUUGGUCCUGUGAAGGCUCUUUGUAUCACAGGGAAGAGAAAGGUAUGUGUGUCGACAUCUCUCCAUGUGCUUGAACCUUCAUAUCUUUAAAUCACAAAGGUUGCUCUUUGUACUGUUUCUAUAUUUUGCAGAACAGGAGAAAAUUAAAUCUUACUACACCCAGAA